GCAGCACCGGCAGCACCGGCAGCACCGGCAGCACCGGCAGCACCGGCAGCACCGGCAGCACCCGCGAAGACCUCGCCCGCCGUGCCGGCCGCCGCAGCACCCGCUUUCAAGGCGCCCGAGGUAGACGAGCCCUCGCGCUGGCCCCCGGCGUCGCCCAUCGACCCGCUGGCCGUCAACGGCGCCGCCGAGCCCGUCGUGCAGGACCUGGUGCGCAUGCUUAACGACAUCAUCACCGUGGUCAACCACGACGGCGCCAACGAGCGCUACGGCGCGACCAUCGGCAAGGCCAAGAACGAGCUCGCCAAGGUCGGCCGCAAGAUCAAGGCCAUCAAGGCCGACGCCGAGCAGGAGGCGGCCAAGAAGUUGCGCGCGCGCGUCGACCAUUUCGACAAGGCGGCCAACGAGCUCGUGUCGCGCAUCAAGGCGGCCAGGGCCGCGCAGGAGACGCAGUGGCGGCACGAGUUCGAGGCCGAGAUGGAGCGCGUGCACCGCAGCUAUGACGAAAAGGUCAGGCUGGUGCAGGAGCGCGAGCGCCAGAUCAUGCAGCAGAAGCUCGACAACACGCUGCUGGAGCACGCCAUCGCGCUGCAGCGCCAGUUCGCCGGCGACAUCAAGCAGCAAGUCGAGCGCGAGCGCGGCGGGCGGCUGGGCCGGCUGCAGGAGCUGGCGGGCGCCGUGGCGGACCUCGAGAAGCUGGCGACGGGCUGGGGCGACGUGGUCGACACCAACCUGCGCACGCAGCAGCUGCACGUGGCCGCCGACGCGGUGCGCGCCAGCCUCGAGGACGCGGCGCACCCGCGGCCGUUCAUCAAGGAACUGGUGGCGCUCAAGGAGAUUGCGGCCGACGACGCGGUGGUCGACGCGGCCAUUGCGUCGAUCCACCCGUCGGCGUACCAGCGCGGCGUGUCGACGGCGGGCGAGCUGGUGGACCGGUUCCGGCGCGUGGCGACCGAGGUGCGCAAGGCGUCGCUGCUGCCCGAGGACGCGGGCGUGGCCAGCCACGCGUCGAGCUACGUGCUGAGCAAGCUGCUCUUCAAGAAGCAGGGCCUGGCGGCCGGCGACGACGUCGAGAGCAUCCUGACGCGCACGCAGACGUACCUCGAGGAGGGCAACCUCGACAAGGCGGCACGCGAGAUGAACGGCCUGACUGGCUGGGCCAAGACGCUAAGCCGGGACUGGCUGGGCGAGGUGCGCAAGGUGUUGGAGGUGCAGCAGGCGCUGGAGGUCAUCCAAACCGAGGCGCGGCUGCAGAGUCUGAAGGUAGAGUAGCGUAUUCAGUGGUCUGGGCUUUGCCGGGUUGUGGUGCUGGAUCGGAGAACCGGCUGUAUAUCAAUAGAGGGUCCGUGUCACGGGCCGGGCGUGUCUUCCGGAUGACAAAGAUUUGCUAGAGGUAGAAUUUUGCUGCUGGAAUCAAUCCAUUGACUCGA